GAACAUGCUCAGAAUAACCCGACUGUGAUUAAAUACUUAUUUUCAUGGGGUUUAAAGUACAUUACAUUUAAACCCUUUAAUAAUCACACUAAAAACCCCAACUUUCUCCUCUAUUCUUUAAUUUGAGUGCAGAGAAAUUAAUGAAUUAUGGAGAAAUAUGUUGUAUUUUUCUCAAUUUAUGUCUUGUACUAUUUUUUGGGUACUAAAAUUUAUUCAUUUGCAGAGCCACUUUCCUAUAAUUCUUUUACAAUUUCUAGCUUCAAUUACCCACAAACCAAGCUCAAACCUUAUGAAUGGCGUUAUAUUAGAGUUGAUUUGCCACCAUGGUUUUCUUCAAUAUCUAUAGGACUAGAGUCAGAUGUGGACCUUACGUCCGGAGCUUUGGAAAAGAUUUCCAAAAGUACGUUGCCACUUCUUUGCUUUAGAGAUGGAAGCCCCCCAUUGCCUGAUUCUUCAAACAAGGCUUUGAACCAUCUAGUUUUAAGAUCUCUUUCUAAUGGAUCAGUUGAAUCCAUUGUUGGUGUACAAAAUGCGGAGUUGUGCUACCCUUUAGAGAAAAGGAUAUCUUUUAAAUUGACAAAUGAACAGAUAACUCCAGGUGUAUGGUAUGCUGGCCUUUUCAAUGGGGUUGGAGCUAUGCGAACGCAAUCAAAAAUGAUCAGUCGAGGAAGUUCAUACUCCUUUGCUGCCAAUGUGAGUGUCGAAGGAUGUAUAGCAUCAAACUUAUGGGGUCAAUUCUGCAACAAAAGCAUCGAAACACUUGCAUGUUCUCCCAUAAAUGCAAGUUAUACAUCGACAAAUGUGUCUCCCCCUGAUUUCUAUAAUGGGAGCAAAUAUUUGGUUACUUGUAGAAAUUCCAUAGAAGAUUUUUGUCUUGGGGAUAAUGAAACCAAAUUCUACUCUUUGGAAAUAAUUGGAGUGGUCGAACAAUUGAUCAUUUCAGCUACAAACAUCGGUCAAAGUAAAACCGAUAAUAAAGCAGGGAAAGUUAUUUUGAUGUGCUACGCUCGCUACGGUGCAAUUGCUCAAACAACCAUGCACGAUUUCUCCGGUGACAUAAGUAAAGGGUCUCUAGUUGUCCCAUUACCAAAGAUAGGACGCUGGUAUAUCACUAUUACUCAUAUUAACACAUCCAAAGGAUUUGACUCCGUUCAAAAAAAUGUUGCAAAAGUUUGCUUUUCCCUAGUAUGGCAGGUCGUUGAAUGCCCUUUUGGAAAAUCUGGAUUCAACUGCACUUCAGAAUUAUACUCGCUUCAGACGGUUUUAAGGAAAAAUUCCUUGGUUCCGUUUGAGUCUUAUUAUGUGCCAUUAGAUGGGAAGGUGUCUACCGACUCAAACAGCUUUCCUUUGGAACUCCAAAGUAACUCAACGGUGGGACGGGUUUUUGGUAUCACUUGGACUUACUUUGUUCUUGACAUUCCUCGUGGAGCCGCUGGGGGUAAUUUACACUUCAAAUUAAAAUCAAAGAAAAAAAUUGGUUAUGAAAUAUAUGUGAGAUAUGGAGGGCUUCCAUCUGCAGAUAUAUGGGAUUUUUACUAUAUAAACCAUAUGAACAGCAGCACUACGUUUUUCCUUCUAUAUAAUUCCAGCAAAGAGAUGGUCGAUUUCUACGUCUUAUACGCUCGGGAAGGAACCUGGAGUUUCGGUUUGAAGAAUCUUGAUUCUAUUGAUAGUGCAUCUAUAGAGCCAACUACAGCUUCCAUUUCACUUGAAAGGUGUCCCAAGAGAUGUUCUGCUCCUCAUGGAUCGUGUCAAAAUUUUGUGGAUGAAAGCGGCUUGACAAUAUACAGCUAUUGUUCUUGCGACCGGACACAUGGGGGAAUUGACUGCAGCAUUGAACUUGUAUCUCGUCAAGGGCACAUGUGGCAAUCAAUUUCGCUUAUUGCAUCUAAUGCUGCUGCGGUUCUUCCGGCAUUCAUGGCCCUCCGAAAUAAGGCAUUUGCUGAGUGGGUUAUUUUUACAUCCAGCGGAAUAUCAAGUGGACUUUACCACGCUUGUGAUGUGGGCACCUGGUGUGCAUUAACAUUUCGUGUAUUGCAGUUCAUGGACUUUUGGCUGUCUUUUAUGGCGGUGGUAAGUACGUUUGUGUAUUUGGCUGCUAUCGAUGAAGCAUCGAGGAGAACAAUCCAUGCUGUUGUGUCAAUUCUAACAGCUUUAAUGGCCAUAAGUGGGGCAACCAGGUCCGUAAACAUAAUUCUGGUAAUUGCCAUCGGAGGCACGGGUUUGUUCAUUGGCUGGGUCAUUGAGUUGUCCACUAACUACAGAUCAUUGUCAUUCCCUUCAGGAUGCUUCAAUGAACUUUUCAGAUCGCAAAACAUAAGAAGUUCACUUCGUAAUUUUGCCAAGAUGCUGUUAAAGCGUUUUCGUUGGGGUUUUUUAUUGGCUGGCUUUGUUGCAUUGGCAAUGGCUGCUGUAAGCUGGAAACUUGAAACUUAUCAGAGCUAUUGGAUAUGGCAUAGUUUAUGGCAUGUAAGCAUAUAUACGUCCUCUUUCUUCUUUCUUUGCUCGAAGGUUACACGAAGAGCAGGUGACAUCGAGAGUCGUACACCCGAAAAUGGAAACUACCAAUUGACUCGACAAAACUCAACUUCUCAUGAAGCUCAUUAGAGAAGAACUCUUAAAUAUGGUUUGCUUCUCUUAGUAAAGGUGCGGUUUGGCAAUUAGGAAGUCCAAGGCUUAGGUAUUACAUCAAAACUAAAGCGUACCUAAAUCGCUCUAAAUAGUUGGCUUUUAGAUGGUGAAGACCACUUUCUAACCUUUUUUAUA